AGAUAACAGCGACGACGUGAUGUUGGUCGCAAACAUGUUGGCCGCGCUGUCAUGGCCGGCUGAUGAUUGACAAACGUCAAUUUUGUAGGAAAAGUGUGAACCGUGAGUCGACUAAUUAAAUUAGCGUAAAAAUGGCCAAUCCCGAGGCACCUGGUGUCGACGACGUUAUAGCCGAGCCAGGAAUCGAGCCUGGGGCUUCGGCCGAGACGAUGCUAGUGACGACUGAUAGUUUCGAGGAAUACGAGCAGGAAAUGAGCAACAGCAUAGACGACAGGCAAAUGAAGGAAAGCACGACUAGCACGAUAUCCGAACUCCAGGAGGACAUUCGAGAGGCCCCGCCGACGCCAACGGCGGUCAGCCCCACGGAGCCAAAGCCUGAACCUCCCGACGAUUUGGAGCUCGAGGACAACACGCAGCAGCUCAGUUUGAAUAGUCUGGAAAUUGACCCACUGAGGAACACGACGUGGCUAGCACAGAGAAAGCAUAUAUUCAUACUGAGCCAGGCGGGAAAACCCAUUUACUCGAGGCACAGCUCCGAGGAUAAACUCGUCACACUUAUGGGCGUUAUGCAGGCGUUAGUUUCAUUCGUUCAAGCUGGUAACGACAUGAUCAGAUCGGUCCACGCGGGCGAUACUAAUUUCGUUUUCGUUGUCAAAGGUCCACUUAUCUUAGUCACUGUAUCUAAAACACUGGAAAGUGUGCCGCAGCUAGUUUUACAGCUAACAUAUGUGUAUAAUCAAAUAGUUUGCGUCCUCACACAAUCUCAUAUGACGAGGGUUUAUGAACAGAGGCGAAACUUUGAUUUGCGAAGAUUAUUGACAGGCAGCGAGAGGUUAAUCGAUCAUUUGUUGAAUUUUAUGGAUAAAGAGCCAGCCUUUUUUCUAGGUGCUAUUAAGUGCUUGCCUUUGUUGCCCUCCAUGAGGGAUGCUAUUAGUCAAACCAUUGUUCAAACUUGUGGCAAAAUUAAGAAUCUGGUGUUUGCGAUACUACUGGCUGAUAAUCAGCUGGUAACAUUGGUCAGAAUGAAAAAAUAUUUCAUACACCCUGCUGACUUGCAUUUGAUCCAAAAUUUGGUCGCCAGCUCGGAGUCGUUCAAAACGGUAGAAAGCUGGACGCCAAUAUGUUUGCCCAAGUUUGAUCCCAAUGGGUUUAUGCACGGUCAUGUUUCGUACCUGGCAGAGGAUUGCCAAGCUUGUUUAUUACUUCUGACUGUCGACAAAGACGUGUUCUAUUCUCUAUCGGAUGCCAAGCAAAAAAUAGUUGAGAAAUUACGAAGGACAAAUUGUUUGGAAGCCAUCAAUGAGUCAAUGAACAAAGCAUCCAUCACAACAGCAGAAAUUGGUUUACCUGAGAUGCGACAUGUCUUGUACAAAUGUAAAAGUACGGCACAAUUCUGGAGUCCUGGUUUUCAACCGCCAUAUACAACAGAUGAAGAAAUCGAACGACUAUUGGGACUCUAUCAGUGCCUUCAUCACAGACUACAUGCCCCAAAUCGACCACUGAAGUUGAUAUUCCAACAAUUGGACAAAGAAACAAUGUUAGCAUGGGUAACGUCAGGUUUCGAAUUGUAUUUGACUUUUGAACCACUGGUGACUAAACCAGAUGCGAUAAAUUCUGUAAGCAAAUUGCUGAAAUGGAUAAAGAAGGAAGAAGAAAGAUUAUUUAUAUUGAAUUCACCAACGUUCUAGCAAGAAUUUGAAAUUAUGGACAAAAAAGGCUCAAAUGUCUCAGCUGUUGCACUGUAGUAACUGUGAAUGUGCUGCAAGAAAUUUUGUUACAAAGUUUUGGUAUCGACGAUGUAUGAAAAUUGUAAAAAUUGGGAAGGAAGAAAGGUAAUAUAACGUAGAAUGUAUAAUUUCAAAAGGCUAUGACUAGGUACGUUAAGAUUUAAGAAAUGCAGCAAAUCAUGUUCAAUUUGAUUUCGGUUGAUGGAAAUAUUUAUUUUUGAGAUGAUUUCCUCCAUCCGUAUAUUUGCGAUCGAAAAACCUAUUUUUGACGCAUCCGAGAAUUGUAUUCCCUAGAAGCUCCCUAAAUAUAGGAGUCUUAUACGUGACUAAUUGCACGACUAAUCGCCCAUUCCUUCGUAUCUUUAAGUGUAUAUUGUAUACUAUAUUUUGCUCACUAUUUAUAAUUAUGAAAUUUGAGAUUUGGUAGUUACUUUAUUACAAAGUAAUAUAAUACAAACUUAAAAUAUGUAAAUAUCGCAUAAAAUAGAUGAAAUAUCGGUUAUUUAGA